AUGUUGGUAGACUUGAUAAAGAAGAGUUCGCAAGAAAGUAGAGAAAGGGAAGAAAGGUUACGAGAAUCAUUAGAGAAGAGUUCACAAGAAACAAGAGAAUCAUUAGAGAAGAGUUCACAAGAUUUUCAAAAAUCAUUAAAGGAAGAAUUACAAGAAAAUAGAGAAGAAGGAAGAAUACUCAGAGAAUCAUUAGAGAAGAAUUCACAAGAAACAAGAGAAUCAUUAGAGAAGAGUUCACAAGAAACAAGAGAAUCGUUAGAGAAGCGUUUACAAGAAACUAACGCAUGGUUAGAAAGGAAUUCACAAGAAACGAGAGAAUCACUAAAGGAAGAUUUACAAGAGAUCAAAACAUCACAAAUGAAGAUGGAAGAUAAUUUGAAGAAGGAAAUGCAGGAGUUACAAGAACGACUGAAAAUGGACAUCGACGAAAGAGAGAGGAAGCUACAGACGAGCAUAAAACAAGUCCAGGGAGACGUAGAGAAGGUGGAAGAAAGGUUAACAAAAAGGAUAGAAGACGAUGUUGAAGAAACGAAAGCCGAGCUGGGAGAAAGAAUCAACGAAGUGGAAACAAAGUGCAAUUAUCGCAUCGCCGAAGUGACGCAGAGGCAACAACAAUGCCACGAGGCGGUUAGGGGGAUAGAAGAUAAGCAAAACCGACUAAAUGUAAAUCUGCAAAAUGCUAUAACCAUACAACGAGAAGGAGAAAAGAGGGUUGAAAUGGAGGUCAAGCAGUUACAACAGGGAGUGCAGCAAUUAGAAAGCAAGACAGAGGAAAUUGAUAGACGAAUUAGCAAUGCCACCUUAGCCGUUGGGGAAAGUAAGGUCAUUACAUUGAUGAGCAAUGAUAAUCGGUGCAUCCAAAGUAAUACAGGGCAGAAGUUUAGACCAAAGGGAGGGUUGCACCCAAUGAUAUUUAUGAAAUGGCUAAAAGGAGUUCUCCCAGCACAUCUUAAGGACUCAGACAAGAUUCAAUUUGCAAUAGAUAGGAUGGAAGGUGAGGCUUUCACUUGGGGAGUCAGGAAGAAGGAAGGGACUACGAGCUAUGACCAAUUUGAAGAGGAAUUCUUAAAGAAAUACUGGUCUAAAAGCCAUCAAUGUGCAGCAAUUGAGGACCUACUCCAUCGCAAAUCACUUAGUACAUGGAGGGGAACGUUGAGAGAGUUUGCUGAACAUUUGUGGGAACUGAACGAAACCCUGGAACAACCCCUGAGUGAUGACGUAAUGAUAUCGGCAAUAAAAAGAAGGUUGAAUCACAGAAUGCAAGAAACUAUAUCCGGGAGCCUGAUUGAAGAUAGGGAGGCGUUGAUGAAGAUACUGGAACAACUGGAAUCUGUUCGAGCACAGGGAUACGAUCAACCUAAUGUUCAAAAUCGAGAGGGAGGUAAUGACCCAAGGAAUCAUUUCAAUAAGUCAUCUAAUUAUAGAGGAAGAGGUGGCGGUUAUGGAUACAGGAACCGUGGUGGUGGACGGCAAUGGAGAAAUGAUUGGAGGGGAAAUGAAGAACCAAGAGAUCAUGAGAGAAGAUGGGAUAGGCGAAGGAAUGACACGGUGCAUAUAGAAGAAGAAGAGAGACCGGAAAACUGA